AUGCCCAUUCCUUCUAUUGUCGUGAUUUCUGACUACCUACCCACCCCUGAUAUCUCGUCAUGGACUGGAAAUUUGGACCUGCAGAAGGUACCCGUGUCCUAUGGGAGGAGAAUACAGAGGGCCCGAGAAUUGUGCACUGCUGUAUCGAGUCAGGCUGAAUCAUGA